AUGGCAAGCUUUAUGAGAGGAACUAGUGCAUCUCCUCGUUCAAGAGAGCUUUCAUCCCACAAACCUCGCUCUCGCCCCCCUUCAAGUCACUCCAAAUAUAAAAGCCCAUAUCCAUCUCCAAACGAGACUCCUAAUUCUGCAGUAAAACAUGCAAAGCACGAUUCUUUGAUUCUCAAAGAAAACCUGAAUAUGGUGAUCCCAAUUUCUAAUUAUUUUUCAGCUGAAAAUAAUCAAAAAAUCCACGAUAUUGGCAGAGAAAAUUACAAUAAACCAAAUUUUGAAGGAAAUAAAUUAAAUGAUCGAGAUGCGGGAAAAAAAGAAUUUUUCAUGGACUUUGAAGAGGAAGAAAACAUUUCGUUCAGGCAAUGUGAAGCGCCAAAACGCAAGGAGAAUGACCGCAUUGAUGACCAAAUUAGAGAAAAAAUUAUGGAAAACAGAAAGCUGCUUGAUAUGAUCAAAGCUAAAGAGCUUGAGAUCCAAGGGAAAAUUUACCAAGAAAAUAAAGAAAUCACUGAAAAAGUCCAAGAAAACGAAAGGAUUUUGCAGCAGCUAGAAUUAGAAAGGCACGAUUUAAGAAUCCAAAACAAAAUAUUAGAACAGGAAAAGAAAAAAAUAAAAGAGCUUUCUCUUAUUGAUAAAGAAAACAGCGAAGUACUUGCUAAAAAUUUAGAGCUCGAAAAAGAAAUCCAAAGCUACAAGCGAUUUGGAAUCAGCAAAAAUGAUUAUUUAGUCCUCCAAGGCCAGAUAAAAGAGCUGGAAGGCAUCCAAGACACCCUUCUUUCUCAAAACACACAGCUAAAACAAGAGCUCCAAAACCAGCAAAAAAUAAACAGAACUACCUCAGAAUCCUCCAAAAUUCUUGCCCAAAAUGCAGAAGAACUAUUUGAAGUCUAUAACGAAUUAAUCAAGCUUUCCCACCUUGUCAAGUGUUACCAAAAAAAAGAAGGCGUCAACCUUGUGCAGCUUCUAGCCAAGCAGUAUGAAAUCCCACAAAAUCUGAACAUACAAGUAGCCCUCAGCCAGGUGAAAAAUGAAAUAAACAGCUUAAGAACGAUGGCUAGUGACGUAUAUGCAGAACAGUGUGGAAAUGUGUGUAUAUCCCAAUAA